GUACGCCUGGCAACGGUACUCUUAUUCGGCGCUCUCCUUAGUCAGGUCAGCACAGUUAAUUUUUUUCUUUUAGCUGAAAGUUCAUAAGAAAUUUGUACUCGAAUUCAUCUUCUAAAGUGAGCAACAAAAACCACAGUAUCCAGAAAGACUGGGAAUUAGAAGAAGCCGGUAAUGGCAAAGAAGGACUCUGAUAUCGUCAUCAGACACCUCAUGGAAGAAGAUGUACCAAAAGUGAGGGAUCUCUGCCAGAGGGUGCAGCAUGAGUCAGCCCGGAACGAAUUCUUCGUCCAUCUCCGAAGAUAUCUCUCGAGUAGAUACGUCAUAACAACGCCAGCUUUCUUGUUUUGUUUGUUUCAUUUCUUUCUGCAGAUGGGCGCGUUGCAAUCAUUGAAAAGCAGCAUACAAAGCGCCAUCAUAUGUGAGGCUGUCAGAUUCUUCUUCUUCUGGCAGAAAAUCAAAGGAGUCUUCGGGGAGGGAGAGGAUUUGAAGGACCCUUUCCUUUAUUAUCACAAGCCUGCGAGGUUCUUUCUCGUGGCCGUCGUGGACGGAGAAAUUGCAGGCACGGUGGCAGUCAGGGAAACGGAGGAGCCAAAUGUUGCUAAAUUGCUGAGGAUGUUCGUCCACCCCAGUUUCAGAAGGCGAGGAAUUGCUCUGAGACUGAUCGACGCCAGCCACGACGAAUGCAGGAAGCUCAAGUAUCAGUCAGUCAGCCUGAGAACGCACACCACGAACGAGAAGGCUUUGAGCUGCUACGAGAAAGCUGGCUACGCCAUCGUUGGCAAGAGGAACUUCGCUUCAGUCUACCCUCACUCCUUCGACACUAUCCACUUCGUCAAGGACUUGCACGGCGAUAAAACCACGAAUGGAUAGGAAUGUUCAGAGUUGCGGAAGUGAACGGAAAAACGGUUAAAAAGCUAUCAAGGUGUCUUUUUUUUUUCGCCCGAUACUAUGAAUAGGCCUAAGAUUAGACUAGGCUUUAGCGGCGAUUUGUUGAACGCGUUAACAUCUAAACCCAAUGUUAGUAUCAAUACACUUUGCUAAUAUGUUUAUUAGCGUGUUAAUUUGGGUAUUUAAAAAAAAGAUAUAUGUAAUUAUUAUUCUCGAUGUUAUGGUUCUGAGUUCAAAUUACAGGUUUAAGCAUCGAAUAUCGAAUGAUGAUUACACUGUAGGUAAUAUUUGUAGCAAAACGAAUAUAAUAUUCAUAUUGUUCCACUCGCCAAUAUUUUGCAUUUCGUUGCUUUCCAAUUUCGUUUGGAAAUAUAACAAACUGAAAUAGGGUUCCGGUAAUAAAGAAAUGUACUAAAGACUGCAUGUUGCUUUAAUUCAAGGAAGAGGAUAGGUCUAAACAUGAUUCAUGUCACGUACUUUUCAACUCGUGUGAAGACGAUUGUUGCAUACAAGUAAAUUGUUAAAAAUGUUUGCUUGGAGACAGUUAUAUGCAGAGAAAUCAAGCCACCUGUUUGCUUUGAAGGUGAAGGCAGUGUCAUUCAUAUGAGCCACUCACAGAAUGCACUAAGGCUACAGUUUUUGUUCGUGCUGCUGUUGCUAAUUCGAGCGGGUGGCCAUAGUCCAAAUGUCUCUUGCUCGUAUUGAUAACAGGAUGACGUCACGUCGUUAUCUUAUUAGGAUAUUGGAGCAAUUUGUCAAACUGCGUUCUCCUUCAGGGGCAAGAGGUAUUAUAUAGCGCGACGCCACAUAAUUCACAAUCAAUCCACCAGAAGCGAGAUAAAUCGGGGUAAUCACAAGUGGCUGCUGUUAAUGUUUGUAACUUCGAAAACAUGACCCAAGUAAUUGCAACGCCAGAUACUUCUUUAUUUCAGAUAACAGGUAUAUUUCAAUUGAAUUUAUUUGAGAAUUCUGACAAAGAAACAAAACUUACACAUGUAUGAUGCACAUAAAAAACCAUAGGUACUAAAGGGGUAACUCUGUUUAUCUUUUCGUUAAAAGACUUUUCACUUGUCGAAUACAGAAGCAGACUUGAGGUUUAUCAAAACGUAGCAAAGGGGAAGGCGUAAAACAACCUUAUCGACUUAGAUUAGAGGUUACAAGUAUACUCGCUGAUACUGCAAUAUAUUCUGGCAACUGAAUGACAUUUUCUUAU